CCUUGACCUUCGUGGUUUACUUGCCCAGCAAGCGAGUGGAUCCGAUUCUUUGCUGGUCUCUUUGUUAUCCGUCUACCCAGCUGACGCCACCGCAAGCUUCCCCGUUGUGGCGGUUUGCUUCGUAUUUUGGGAACUUGACUUGUAACCUACCCAGCCGAGCUCAUCGAUAAAAACGCUGUCGUUCUCUGGCAGUGCCAGGUCUACGAUGGCCGGAGGAAGACGAAGAACCAACCAUGCCAAACCCAGUGAUGGUUUCAGGAAGAACAAAGGUAGUUCCGGCAGAAGAAGAUCAGACCCGUCGUCUUCAGUUCGAGGAAAUUUGUUUGUUGAUGGUGGGUUUUUAUCUGAUUGGCAGUUCCAGACCACGCCGCCGAGUUCAGCUCGAGAGGGAAAUUCGAGGUCGAAAGGCCAGUCUGGAUCCAAAUCGGCUGAUUUAGAUCGUAAAAAAACAGCUUCGUCAAGUGGGACUAAACAAUCAAAUGGUAAUGCUAUUGGCUAUGAGUACCCUCCUGCUCCCCAUCAGGAAGGGGGGUUGCAUUCUGAAUCACGAGGUCUGCAGAAUGAUGCAGACUGUAGCUUGGACAACUCACAGCCUUUUAUAUUACUUAAUUCUAACUCGAAGCAUACGCAAAUUGUCGCAUAUGUUGACGAUAAACCACCUUUAAAGGAAGAUGGUUUGGAAUGUACUUACGAUUACGGUACAAUUUUUCUGUUAGGUGACAGUUCUCAUAGAGGACUAGGGUUUCACGAUGAGGACGAACUUGUUAGAAAUCAAAACACUGAUGAUGACUCACCCACACUUGUGGAAGAACAAGAAGGAUUAUGUACUGGUUCAUUGCCCUCCAAGAAGGAAACGGGUAGUGAUGAGAGGGUUGAGUGCAGGGAAGAGGUUGAGUUGGCUAGUGAGAUGCUAGCAGAAGCAUCAUCCCCCAACAAAUAUUCACAUGGUGCGUGCUCUCCAAGAAAUUCAGGUUUCUUGUCAAUUGGUGGUGUGAGAUUAUACACCCAAGAUGUAUCUGAUGAAGAAAGUGAUGAUGAUGGGGAGUUGUCAAAUGGAAGUUCUGAAUAUUCUGAGCCUUUAGAGUCCGACGAAUCGUCUGAAAGUGAUAGCUCUGCAGAAAUGGCUUGCAGUGGUUCAGAUAUUGAUGACGAGGUGGCUGAAGAUUAUCUUGAAGGGAUUGGUGGGGGUGAACAUAUUUUAAAAUCCAAAUGGUUAGUGAAACAAGAGUUGGCCGAGUCUGAUGAUGAUUGUUCCAGCAGUAGCCUUGAUGAUACUUUGGAGAAAUUAAGCAGCAUUGCUUUGCAGGAAGCAUCCAAAGAAUAUGGAAUGAAGAAAACUCCUUCAAGGGGGAAAAGUAAAAUUGUUUCUAGAGAUAAUUGGUCGUCAUUGGCUCUAGAUGACUUGCUGAUAAAAGAUUCUAGAUCUGCAUCAGCUAGAAAGAAGAAGAAUGCUGCUCAUUUUGCAGGUUCUUGGCCUCCAAAGGCUCCAAAAAGUAAAGCUUGUGGAAAGUAUCCUGGUGAAAAGAAGAAAUAUCGUAAAGAAACAAUUGCAGCAAAGCGUCGAGAAAGAAUGCUUAAUCGGGGUGUUGAUCUAACGCAAAUAAACCUGAAAUUGGAGCACAUGGUUUUGAACAGAGAGGAUAUGUUUUCUUUCCAACCUAUGCAUCCCCGUGAUUGUUCCCAGGUACGACGCUUGGCAGCAAUUUACCGCUUGCAUAGUGGAUGCCAAGGUUCUGGUAAAAAAAGGUUUGUAACGGUAACUCGAACACAAUACACGGGAUUGCCAUCAUCAAGUGAUCAAGUUCGCCUCUCACAGCUAAUAGGAGCAAGAGACAAGGAUAAUGAUUUUUCUGUUGCUGAAGGCUUAAAUAUAAAAUCACACGGCAGCAACAGAAGCAGAGAAAAGAAGAAUGCCAAAACAAGUGGUUUGAGCAUAUUGGAGCUUAAUCAAUCUGGAAGCAGUAAGUCGAGGACAAAGGGUUCUGCAGGUAAGGGAUCAAGUCAGAAAAAGACUGGCAAGAAGUAUGCUGAUCAACCAGUCUCAUUUGUAUCAUGUGGAGUGAUGCAACCAGAUGCGGUGGAGAUAACAACUAGCAAUGUUAAAGACGUAGAUAAAGGUAAGGAUAUCGUAGAUGCAUCAGAAAUGAUGGAGUUGACUACUAGCAAUGUCAAGAACAUGGAUAUAAGUAGGGAUAGUAUUGGUGCAUUUGAGGCGCACACCACGGGCUUUGGGUCAAAAAUGAUGGCAAAAAUGGGAUUUGUAGAAGGUGGAGGGUUGGGGAAAGAUGGUCAAGGAAUGGCCUGCCCCAUUGAAGUGAUCAAAAGGCCAAAAUCACUUGGGUUAGGCAUUGAGUUCUCAGAGGCCUCGACUUCUGCUGGUGAUAACCAGGAAAGUGGAGGAUCCGCCAUUAGAACAACUGGAACUUUGGGAAAAUCUAAAAAAAUGGGUGCUUUUGAAGAGCACACAAAAGGGUUUGGGUCGAAGAUGAUGGCAAAGAUGGGAUUUGUUGAAGGUGGAGGGUUGGGGAAAGAUGGUCAAGGAAUGGGUCGACCCAUAGAAGUGAUCAAAAGGCCAAAAUCACUUGGGUUAGGCGUUGAGUUCUCGGCAGAGGCCUCGACAUCUGCUGGCGAUAACCAGGAAAGUCGAAGAUCCUCCAUUAGAACAACAACCGGAGCUUUGGGAAAAUCUAAAAAAAUGGGUGCUUUUGAAGAGCACACCAAAGGAUUUGGGUCGAAAAUGAUGGCAAAGAUGGGGUUUGUUGAAGGAAUGGGGUUGGGGAAGGAUUCACAAGGAAUGGUGAACCCUUUGCUUCCUGUUAGGCGGCCUAAAGCACGAGGGUUGGGUGCCAAAGGUUAGAUUUGUAGAACACAUCUGUUUGCUUCUUUAUUAACAAAGGUAAAUCUAGCCCUCUCCUGUUAUUUCAAUUGUGUCCUGAUAAAAGAAAGAAGACUCCGUUUUCUUUGCUGCAAAGAAUUAUGUUUCAUCGAGGUCGGGAUUCCAACCUAACCGAUGUCAAAUAAAUCAACCACGCGUUGCAUUCACUUUCAGAAUUGAGCUGAUUGAAACUCUGGAUGUGGGAAGUUUGUUAUGUUUUGAUGUCGUUGGGCGAAGUGAACUCAUCGUUUAUGUGCAUUUGAUUGAACUUCCAAUCUUGUUGCACUGUCCCC